CGAGUUGUUCCCCUUCGCAUAAUUGUUGUCCAUGUCAGUCAACUUUCGUUUUAUUGGAAAGGUCAGCUGAGGGUCACCGCAUACGUGAACCAUGGCCUGGUCACUGUCCACGUUGUGCAGGGGCGUCACCUGACAUCCGGGCGUCACCGGCAGCCAGAUACGUUCGUCAUGAUCUCCCUGAUCCCUGACCGGCCGCACGAGACGCCCACGCGCUGUCGCACCGAGCACGUCCCCAACACUAGCUGUCCCACAUACGAUGAGAAGUUCUCCUUCGAGGUGAGCGAGGAGGACGAGGGACGCCGGCUGCUCAUCGCCGUCUGGGGACGCAAGUCGCAUUCAGGGCCGACUGAGGCCUUCGGAUGAAUGUCGUUCGGACUGAGGCAUCUGCAGAGUGGUGAGCGACCCGUUUCCGGUUGGUACCACCUCCUCACCGAGGACGUCGGCUGCAAGAAGCACCUGAAGUUUACCCCCACAGAUCGACCGUCGGUCCCCGUGAUGCAAAGCCACAUUCCCCGAUCUGCCCUCUUAUGCACCAGCAUGCACGAGAUACCGAAAGUUAACAAGCUAGUGAGCGGCUCUGAACGUCUCCAGAUCUCCGUCCAGAGGUCUCCUUACGGCGGGUUCGGUUUCUCCGUUGUGGACGCGUGUCCGGUACGCGUGAGUCGCGUGGACAGCACUUCCCGGGCGGAGGAGGCGGGCUUGCAUCCUGGUGACCUGAUCGUCCGCGUAAAUGGUCAGAACGUCUCCCGCUCCACAUCAACCAGCGUUGCUAGAUGUAUCAAGCGCAGCGGCCAGACCCUGGUGUUGGAGGUACAGCGGCCUGCUCAGAUCCUGACCGCCCACACACCCUUGUACGCGAACGUCUACACGAUCCACGAGGCGCCCGAAUCUGACGACGCCUCACUGGAGGAGUGGACGCUCUGUAAAGACCAUAAUGCGCUCGAGGGACCCGGAAGUAACGGGGAGACGCGGCGGCAGGCGGCGCUACACGGGCUACUGGUGGCAGAAGAGCGGUUCGUGGAGGCAAUGUCCCGGGGGAUGCAGAGCUAUUCCCGUCCGUUGCGACACGGGCUACUUGUGCCUGAACAGCACUCCGCACUCUUUCAGAAUGUAGAGAAGUUGGUGAGCAUGUCGGAGUACCAGGUGCACCAGAUGUUGUCAAACCUGCCCGACAUGGAUGACACCGCCGACCCCGACGAUUCCCAGACCACCGACCCCACUGACAUCACAACCAUCGUCGGUAUCAUCUACAGGUCCAAGCUCCCCCUGAUCCUGCAGGCCUAUACAUUGUACACCGCCGGGCUGCCUCGCGCCGCUAGCUCCAUGGCCAUCCUCGAGAAGGAUCCCGAUUUCCUGCGAGUUUAUUAACCGACCCCUAGAACACCUGGCGGACGUCUGCCGCCUUUUGACCGCCAUCCGUGACUCCCUGUCAACAACAACCCCCGAUCAUGGCAUCUACUGUGAUAUUGUCAACGGUCUGCAGUCGGUCGUGUCCACCGUCCAGUCUGUUGAGAUGGUAAGCAGCUCCUUUCUGUCUGUCGCCACCUCCUUACUCAGCGUCAGCCAUACCACGUCUGGUUCCACCCGUCACGUGCCGCGAAUGGGCGCCCGCAUUCUGAAGCAUGCUUCCUCCUCGUCGUCGUCGACCUCCUCCAGUGGUUUUGGCAGUGGCGGCUCCCAGCAAUCCGAUGACGGUCAUUGCCAGUGAGCCGUAGGUCAUGUACGACCGAUUUUUUUUUAGACUAGCGGCAUCUGACUGAGUCGAUUUGGUUGCAUAUAGUGUGCAUUUUGACUUGGUGAUAUUUAUAAUAUUGUGCUAUCGUAAGGCAUAUUUACAUUUUGGCAUAUGCUAUUCUAAGUGCUAUGUUUCAAACGUUCCUGUUAUUGGGUAUCAUAGUUUUGUUAUCUAUUAUUGUUAUUUGAUAUAUUGUUUAUCAUUGUAAAUAGUUAUUAUCUUUCGCUUUUUCCUUUCUUACUUCUUUCUGUAUCAUCUACUCUAUC